UGAAUUUCGACCGCCACCAUCCCAUGAAGAAAGAGACCUUGCAAGCAGACUACACUGAAUAGGAGUAGCAGCUUUUAAAAGAGGGAAGUUUAUAAUACAGGGCACAGGAUAAAGAAUGGGAGAAAAACGGAAAAGACAGCAAAAACUUGGGAAUGUUCCACGGAUUCCUUGCAUUCGCGUCCCUUCCUCUGCCUUGGAGACUUCUUUACUGAAGGACCUAACCCAAGGGCAGCAGCGCUAUUUUUACAGCAUCAUGAGGAUUUACAAUUCCAGGCCCCAGUGGGAGGCCCUGCAGAACCGCUAUAUUCACAGCCUUUGGCACCAGCAGCUGCUUGGCCACAUUACUCAACAGGAAGCUUUGGCUUGUGCUGCUGUGCUUAGAGAUUCAACCAAGAGAGCCUCAGCUAAGGUAGCUCCCCAAAGAUCCAUGUCCCAGAAGCCUUCAGCCAUGACAAAAACAGGGCCGUCAGCACUACCUGUGGUUCAACUCAGGGCUAAAAGUGCAGGGCUUGGCUACCUCAGGAACUGAGGUUUUGCACAAGCUCUGAAACAGGUGCUUUGCCCAUGUACCCCGACAUCUAGUGGGUGCUCAGUACCUAUUUGGUGAAUGAGAAUGGAAAAAAAAAAGUAACUUCUAACACAAACCCCAUACCUAGGAAUAAUGUCUCUCCCACUCACAUAAAUUUUACCAGCAAGAACAAGUAGAAGGGUUUAAGAGCAGUGGAGCUAAACGUAAACAAGCCUUUUACUCCUCAUAUAAUGUGUAGAGUGAAAUGACUUCUGAAGCUUUCCAAAUAAAAGCUGCCUUUGAAUUAGAACCUUCCAGAGAAAUCCCAAGAACCGCGAGAGGGAAAAGUCAUCACAGGGCGCCGGGUGCCCGGUCCCCGGGUGACUGCUGAAGCCACCCACUGCAGAUUCGGAAAAUACACAAACCAGUACGGAGUUAACAGUGAGCGUGCGGGGUGGGUUUCCAGAGCCUAUCAUCUCAGCAGAAACUGGGCUGUGUAUUUCCACAUCCUCCUUCCUCUCUUCUUUCCCAUCGAGCAGUAACAUUUAAUUUGGCCCCAAAUCUUCUGGGUCUUGCCUGACUCAAUCCCUUUGUGUCAUCUUGAAACUUGGACUUAUCAACUUGCCACAGCUGGGUUCAUCUACGGAGCUGGAGUUGAUCAUGACACAGGCAAAAGAAUUCGUGCACGCAUCGUUUGCUGGCAGCUGAAGAAACACUCUCAGCAGAACGAGAAAGAGCCCCCAAAGAACUGGUCUCAAGUCUAACCUUUCCGUGGCCUCACUGGUUCUAAGCGAGCACCCAAGACCAGACAAAUAAGCAAAACAAAACAAAAACAAAAAGGAGGUAACAAUGAAUCAAAACAACAUACAGUGGUACAGUGUUAUACGAGUUACAUUUAAUUGUUAUUUUCAUCACUGGUGAUUUUUUUUUUCUGUGUGGAAAGUUAGACACCAGUGCUCACAUAAAGUAAAAAAUUUAAAAAUGCCUUUACUUCAUCUUUAUGCUAAAUGUUCAACCCCCCUCCCUCAUUUAAAUCAGCCAAUGACUUUGUCAUGCCUGUAAAAGGAGUUGCUUGAGAUGGAAUUAUAGACUUGUUUGACGAGGGAUAUGCUGACAGUGAUCUGGAAGGAAGAUGCUGUACCAUUAGAAGAAAGAAAAAAAUAAUCUCAUCGAUGAUGUUCUCUCUGCAACCAUUCAUAAAGAAUAAAGAAGUUUCUUGACCUCUGCAAA